UUUACAGGGUUAAGUUAAACCUAAUGAUCCUGCUAAUCUAAUGCAAAUGGAUCUGACUGCUCAAACCACUGACCCCACCUUUGCAUUUAUGGCCCAUCAACUUCUGAAGAGAGUGCUAUUACACAGAUAAACACACCCCAAAAUCUAUUGUCCCGACCAGGUAUAAGAGCAGAGCGGUCUUAGGGUACACAGGACUCAGACCCCAUCAGCCUUCAUUCUACAAACAACAAGCAGGAAGAUGGUGAACUUGGGAUGCCAGCUGCCCAUCCUUGUCCCACCUGGUGGCACUGAACACCAAGGUUUUCUAAAAAGCACGACUUACCUGGCGAAGAUUGCUCUUAUUCUUCAAGGCGCUCCAGACAAAAUGCUUACUUUCAACCAGUUGAUGUACAGGCUGGCCCCACUGAUCCCUGAUAGAAAAUCUGUGGAGGUCAACAUCAGAGUCUGUCUCUCCAGCAGCAAGUGCUUUGUUAAGGUUCCACUCAUCCCUGGGUCCCAGAACAGUAAAAAAAACUACUGGAAACUGGACACGCAGCAGAUCACAGAGAAGAUGGUGCGGCGCCACUUCAGAGGGAUCCUGGAGUUCUUCCCUGAGUUGGCCCCAAAACUCCAAACUCAAAUUCAACCACCAGAGCAGAGGAAUUCUGUCUGCUCACCUGAAGCUGCCUGCAAAGUCAAAUGUGAAGUUAAAUUUAGCAGUCCUUUUUCAAUUGAAUCUAUUCUAAGGAGGGACAGUCCAUGUGUCAGGACCCCCACACCCUCUACUCUGUCCACUGUCCUGAUCAGAGCAGAGCAGCAGUCUGGAUUCUCUCACGGGAGGGUAAAAAGGACCUUCAACUGGGACACAGAGGAGCCUGACAGUUCAUUUGAACCGUCCCCCAUGUGGCCGGUAGAGGGCAGCACACACCACGGACUCUGUUCACCUGGAGCAGCAAAAGUCAUCAAGAGGAAGCGCGUGAGCAGUGAGCCCUCAUUCCCCAUGAACACCAGCAGAUCCAGCUCUGGACCCUGUUUCAGCAGCCCACAGAGCAGUUACAACACUUACUCUGCACCAGUUCUGUGCCAUAGCAUUUUUAGAUCUUGGGUGUAA